AUGUAAGAACACAUAGCUUUAACUAUAUAAUAACUUACUAAUCUUCUUUCAAAUAGUGAACAAACUUCAAAUUGGAAUUGUUUAAAUACACUAUCCCAAAAAGGCUAAACUCAUUUGAGAUAACAUAUGCCCAAAAUUGUCUCUUUUGUUGACACAGACGAAUUUUAAGAAACAUCUAUAUCAAGUGGACUCUAAAAUUCUGAAAAUCAAUCAAUUAUAGAUAAACUAUAAGAAUUAGAAGAGGAAAAUAAACAACUUAAAGAAACCUUAAAAAAUUAUGAAAAAAAAGAAUGCAAUUGGAAAAAUUAAAUGAAUGACUACUAGUUAGAACAAAUAGAAUUAAGGAGAUAAAAUCAAGUACUUUAAGAUAGAUUAAAAUCUAUAAAAUAAACGAAAGAACAGUUUAUAAAAUCUAAAAAAUAAAACGGAUCUUAAAGAUGUAAUUUUGCAUCGCCAUUUUUUCAUUAGAAACCUGAUUAAAUUAAAAUUCCGAUUAAUCAAAAUCUAUAAGUUAGAAAACAUACAGCUCCAAGUGGUCUAAAUAAUUCUUCACCUCAUAGGAUGUAUCAUGAGAAAAAAAUUGAUAAACUAACAUGA